CCUGUCCACACACCGGUGUCUACUGAGUUGCGCAAACGCCAUUUUGGAGUGACUGAAAGAGAAGCAAGAUCGAGAAGCAGUCUUUCUAAGAUAAGUGACCAUGGGGAAUAUGUUUGGAAGCCUGUUCAAGGGCCUAUUUGGCAAGAAGGAGAUGAGGAUUCUCAUGGUUGGACUCGAUGCGGCUGGGAAAACGACUAUCCUGUACAAACUCAAACUAGGAGAGAUUGUUACCACCAUUCCAACAAUUGGUUUUAAUGUAGAAACGGUAGAAUACAAGAACAUCAGCUUCACAGUGUGGGAUGUUGGCGGUCAAGACAAAAUCCGUCCGCUGUGGCGCCACUACUUCCAGAACACUCAAGGGCUCAUCUUUGUGGUGGACAGCAACGACCGGGAGCGAGUGAACGAGGCGAGGGAGGAGUUGCAGAGAAUGCUCGCGGAGGAUGAGCUAAGAGAUGCUGUGCUGCUCGUUUUUGCAAACAAACAGGACCUUCCCAAUGCAAUGAAUGCUGCAGAGAUCACAGACAAGCUGGGGCUCCACGCUCUCCGCCAGCGCAGCUGGUACAUCCAGGCCACUUGUGCUACCAGCGGGGACGGCCUCUACGAGGGCCUUGACUGGCUCUCCAACCAACUCAAGAACCAGAAAUGAUCCAUUUCACCAUUUUAGUUUUCCCUCUGUCUAACACAAUGGCAGCACCGGUUCCAAGCCCCUUGCUCCCUGGAACUCCUCCCUCCCAGUCGUUCUCCAAAAACCUCAUCCUCCACCUCUCUUUUUCUGUAUCGAACCUUACUCCUGGGGCUGUAACUUGUGCUGCUUCUGUGUGUACUGUGUUUGCAGUCAGGUGAGCGUGUGCGUUGUGUGGGUGUGAAGUGUCUAGCUGGGAUUAGGAGCAACCCCGGCGUGCCUUUAACACACCUGCUGUGGAAAUAGUGGUCUGGCUCCUCGAGCGCCAUCCCACACAGCCCCACUCUGUCAUGCACGAUCCCCUCCUCCCCACGCCAAGCAUGGUUUUCACAAGGCAAAUAAAGAGCAAUGGUGUAAACGGUC